AUGACUGUCACGCGGGUUGCCGAAUCCCGCACAGAAUUUAAAUUGAAAAGCCUUCCCGAAGAUGCUAUAUCAAGUGUUAAAUUUGCACCAAAAUCUAAUCAAUUUCUGUUAGUUUCGUCCUGGGACUGUUCUGUAAGACUAUAUGAUGUGUCUGCAAAUAUAGAGAGACACAAAUAUAACCACGAACUGCCAGUUUUGGACGUUUGUUUCAGGGAUGCCGUACACUCAUACAGCGGUGGCUUAGAUCAGACAUUAAAGAUGUAUGAUUUAAAUGCAUCUACAGAGACUGUAUUGGGUGAUCACAAGGGAGGAAUACGUUGUCUGGAGUUUGCAAGUGAAGUAAAUGCUGUAUUGACUGGCAGUUGGGAUGGAACAGUGAAGAUGUGGGAUAGCAGAGUUCCCAAUUGUGUGGGGACAUAUAAUCAAGGCAACGAAAGGGUUUACACAAUGAGUAUUGUCGGUGAAAAAUUUGUAGUGGGAACAUCUGGCCGUAAGAUCUUUGUAUGGGAUGUUCGUAACAUGGGCCAUGUUAAUCAAAGGAGAGAAUCAUCUCUCAAAUAUCAAACAAGGUGCAUUCGUGUCUUUCCCAAUAAGCAAGGAUAUGUAUUGAGUUCUAUUGAAGGCAGAGUCGCUGUUGAGUAUUUAGACAGCAAUCCUGAGGUACAAAAGAAGAAAUAUGCUUUUAAAUGUCAUAGGAUUAAGGAGGCCGGUGUGGAGAAAAUAUAUCCUGUAAAUGCAAUAAGUUUCCAUUCUGUGUACAAUACAUUUGCCACAGGCGGUUCAGAUGGAUAUGUCAAUAUUUGGGAUGGUUUCAACAAGAAGAGGCUUUGCCAGUUUCAUAGAUACAAUACUGCAGUUUCAUCUCUAAGUUUCUCGUACGAUGGGUCGGCACUGGCUAUAGCGUGCUCGCAACUGGAUGAAAACCAGGUGGAAGAUCCAAAACCCGAGGACACAAUUUAUAUCCGAUAUGUCACCGACCAAGAAACCAAGCCCAAAUGA